AUUAUUAUCAUGUAAUAUACACAUAUAUAUACAACAAGGUGGUCUAGCCUGUUGGUGGAGAUCAUAUAAUCAUAUAUAUCAGAGAUUAUAUUUGUUGUACCUCGAUCGUAAAGUAUUAAUUACUUGGUUAAUAUAAUAUUUGGGUGGCAUGGAACAAUUUGGGACAAUUCAACAGUCUGUUGUUCUGAUGGGGUGUGCUUAUUUCUCAUGGAAGAUCGUAAGAGACAUUUGGGGAGUCAUGAAAGCAUUAGAGAAGGAGCCUGUGACUGUGCUUGUUACCGGUGCUGCAGGGCAAAUUGGGUAUGCUCUUGUUCCUAUGAUUGCUAGGGGAGCCAUGUUAGGACCUGAUCAACCAGUCAUUAUACAUUUGCUUGAUGUUUAUAUUGAAGCCUUAGAAGCACUCAAAAUGGAAUUGAUUGAUUCAGCUUUUCCUCUCCUCAAAGGUGUAGUGGCAACAACAGAUGCAAAUGAGGCAUGCAAAGGGGUUAAUAUUGCGAUAAUGGCUGGCGGGUUCCCACGAAAAGAAGGGAUGGAAAGGAAUGCCGUUAUGUCAAAAAAUGUGCCCAUUUUCAAGUCUCAUGGUUUAGCCUUGGAGAAACAUGCCGCUUCUAAUUGUAAGGUCUUGGUAAUUGCUAACCCUGCAAACACCAAUGCUCUCAUUUUGAAAAAAUUUGCACCUAGCAUUGCUGCAAAAAACAUCACCUGUCUAACCAGGCUUGACCACAAUAGAGCCUUGGCCAAAAUUGCAGAGAAAGUAAAUGUUGACACAAAUGAUGUAAAGAAUGUAAUCAUAUGGGGAAACCAUUCUUCAACUCAGUACCCUGAUGCCAAUCACACCAUGGUAAAAACGGCCAGAGGAGAGAAGCCCGUCAAAGAACUUGUAACAAAUGAUGAAUGGCUAAACACAGAGUUCAUAGACGCAGUACGACGUCGUGGAGAAGCGAUUAUAAAAGCUCGAAAGGCGUCUAGCGCAUUAUCUGCUGCAAGCGCAGCAUGCGACCAUAUACACGAUUGGGUUCUCGGCACCCCAAAGGAUACAUGGGUUUCAAUGGGAGUAUACUCAGAUGGUUCUUAUGGCGUGCCGUCGGAUUUAAUAUAUUCUUUUCCGGUUACUUGCAAGAAUGGAGAAUGGUCCAUUGUGAAAGGUCUCAAGAUUAAUGAAUUUUCAAGGAUAAAGAUGCGUGAAAGUGCAAAUGAGUUGGUUGAGGAAAACAAAUUGGCAUCUACUUUCUACUCUUAGAAUUGAAGUGUGCUAAUUAACAAUGAAAUUAUGUCUGACUUGUAUUUGUGAUGUACAUAUGUGUUUUUACCUUUUUCUUUUAAUAAUAUACCCCUGGUGUAAUAUAAAAGUUGCACAACAUUUAAUUAAAUAAAAUUAAACUCACAAACUUUAAAUACUCUUGGCUUUCUUUAAGUGUG